AUGGCAAAGACAAAGAAGAAACAAGAUAGUAGUGAUGAAGAAAUGGACCUAGAUGAAGAGUUGUUGGCAGUCACCAACAAAAAGUCAUCAUCGUCUUCAAAGAGAAAAGAUAAUGAUAGUGAUGAAAGUGAUAGAGAAAAGUCAAAGAAGAAGAAAAAGACAUCAUCCUCUUCAUCAUCUUCAUCAUCAUCUAGAAAGUCAUCAUCUUCAUCUAAAAAGAAAGAAGAAUCAGAAGAUGAAGAAGAUGAAGAAAUAUUUAACGAUGGAUAUGACGAAGAUAUGUACGAGAAUGAAGAAGAUAGAUUAAAGUUGUCAAUGAUGACACAGUUGGAUAGAGAAGAGAUCAUUGCUACUAGAUACGAAAGAAGAAAGCAAUUACUUGAAAGAUUCGAACAAAGAAAGACUAUGAAUCAAAUGGAGAAAAAAGACAACAAAGACAAAUCAUCAUCAAGAUCGUCGGCGGCGACAUCAUCAUCAUCGUCGUCGUCUAGUAGAUCAACAAGAGCAGACAAGACAGACCAAGCUUUAAAAGACAUGAUGAAAAAGAGAGACAAGGCACAACGUUCACGUGACGAGGAAAGGGAAAAGGAACGUGAAAAGGAGCGUGACAGAGAACGUGAGACAUCGCGACGAGACUCGGAGAAGAGUCGUGAAAAGGAGCGUGACAAGGAACGUGAACGUGAAAAGGAGCAGAGAGAAAAGGAACGUGAACGCGAACGUGAAAAGGAGAUUGAGAGAGAGAUUCACAAGCAAAUCUCAGCACUCGAUAUACAGACACUCAACCAAGUGCGUCUGUCGCGUAACAUGCUGUUAAAGUGGGUCGACCAACCCUACUUUGAGAAAUUGACACCUGGAUUUUUGGUGCGUGUUGUGAUUGGUCAGCACUUGAACAGUCCGGUCUAUCGUAUCGGCCAGAUCGAGUCGAUCCGCGCCGGCACCAAGCUGUACAAGGUCGAGACCAAGGAGACGGACAAGAUCCUGGUGUUGACGUACGCCGGUGUCUCCAAGGAGUUCUUUAUCGACAAUGUCUCCAACAACACCAUCACACCGGCCGAACACGAAAAGUGGAUCACCGACAUGGUGCGUGCACGCCAAAAACUGCCAACACUCGAGAGCAUCCAAGUCAAGAUUGGCGACAUCCAAAAGGCAGCCGACUACAUCUACACAGACGACGACAUUGAAAAGCGUGCCCAAGAACGUGCCAAGCACGGCAAGAUCCCCGUCAACAUUGCCUUUGCCAAAGCCAAACUCAUCAUGGAACGUGAUUCGCUCGAACCCGGUUCCGAUCAAUACACCGAAGUUUCGCUAAAGAUUGAAGAAUUCAAUCGUAUCCAAGCCGACAUUAAACAACAAAAGCAAGAUGAAGAUAUUAUGGUCAAGAUCAACAAAAAGAACAAAGACUUUAACUUUCACCAACAACAAAACCAAACUAUUACAGAUACGGUAUCCAAUGAAUUUGAUCCGUUUGCUAGAAGAAAGACACGUGCCAAUGCAGUCGUAGCCGGCGUGCUCAACGCUCCCAUCAGUCCGCAACCAUCUACCGCCGCACCAUCCUCGGCCGACAAGCUCAAAGAAGCAGCUGCUGCCGCUGCUGCAGCCAGUCGCAGCACACCCUCCAAACUCAAACAAAUGCAAGAGAUGACACUCCAAGAAAUCCAUCAAUCCAUCGAUCUUCACAUACACAUUCCAGACAAUGUCAGCAAAGUACAACCACUCAAAAAGAAGCGUCCAUUAAAAUUGACUCAUCGUGACUUGUUAAAUAAUAAUAAUAAUAAUGAUAGAUAUCAAAAGAAUUCAAUGUCUGUUGAAGAUUAUAUACGUAUGUCUAAAAAAUAA